GAAGAGCCCCAACAAAUUUGUACAACUCGAGUCCACUUUCCAGAUUUAGCGAUUAUCCAGCGCUCUAGCUUCACAGUGGCGGAAGCACCCACGGCUUAUCCUUCUCUCCCGUUUCUCUUUGCUGCUGUAGAAGUCUGUCGAGUGUAGCCAAGGAGGGCGACUGUUCUUGUGGUUUCGUUGUGCGCAAGCAGAAGUGUACAAGAACCCUUCGCCGCCUGUAUCGUCACCUUCAAUCCUGCAUGGUGCAUUGGUGGUGUAUCAAGAUUCUGAUAAGUAAGCAAUCACGCGUAGUCUGUGCGCUGGAGUUUUCUAUUCGCCGGAGUGACUGUGUACCCACCUCCGGAACUCCUCCCGCUUGUUAGCCCGAACACACGACUAGCUUCGACUGGGCCAGGAAGUUAAUUGGCAGCAGCCGUGCCAUAACCAUCAGCACAAUGAUGCAGACUGCACUUUGCGCACUGCUUGUGGUGUUGGUCGUCUCUCCUUGGCAAGUGUCAGGACAACUGUUGACAACAUGGCACUGCGAAUGCUCUGGCUAUACGUUCAGCAUUGCUAAGACUCUACCAAGCUGGGACACCGGUGGCCACACUUAUGCCAAUGCACUGACGUUCUGCUCUACCGACGGCGCUACAUUGCCGGCCGCCGAUGGUGACAUGAUGUGCUUUCUGGAGUAUGUCGACUACCUGUACGCUCACUUCAACCUGGUCGGCCAGCAGCGGAAAGUCUGGCUGGAGAGUGCACCCGCGGGCAAUUGUUCCUCGUACCGAGGCUGUGAAAUCUCCCCGGAACAAUGCAUCACGACACUCCGCUUCCUCUGCCAAACAAAGACCACUCCAAACCCGAAUCCGCCGCACAUUCCAAAUGCGGUCACGGGCCCCAUCACACCUCUGCCAGACACGCAGGUCACGUACAGUUGCAACCAAGGCCACGAGGCGUCGGGCACUGCGCCGUACACAUCCACGUGCACCGGUCAGAAGUACUGGUCUGUGCCAUUGCUGGCAUGCAAUGCUGUAACCUGUCCAGCUAUUGAAGCGCCCGGCAAUGGAGCGGCGACAUUCACCAACGGAUUCUCUUACCUCUCGGUGGCACAGUUCACCUGCCUUGAGGGAUACCUGCUGUCCGACUCUGCCAGUCUGCACUGCCAAGCUAGCAAAGUCUGGAAUGGAACUGCUCCUGUUUGCACGGCUGUUAACUGCGAAGCACCACCUCUUAUUCCCUUCAGCAAGGUAUCCUACAGCCAGACAACGUAUGGUGCCAUAGCUGACUACACGUGUGAUCUCGGCCACCAAAGUCCCAGAGACAAGACAACCUUCUUCAUCACUCAGUGUCAGGCCAAUGCCCAGUGGAACAAUACGGACGUGAUAUGUGAAGCCCUGGACUGUGGUCCACCACCAUUGUUCCCGAACACCCAGGUUGAGUACAACGCAUCUGACUACUUAUCAGUUGCAAGGUACACAUGUACAACGGGCCAUGAACAGGAGAAUCCAGAACAACCGUACCGGGCAGUGUGCAAUGAAACUGGGCUAUGGCAAGACAAUUAUGUGAAUUGUGUUGAUGUUGAUUGUGAAGCGCCGCCUAACCUUGCCAAUAGUGAUGUGCAUUACACAAGCACCACGUAUCAAUCCGUCGCUGCAUAUUACUGUCAUGAAGGCUACCGAAACACCACAUUCAAGACGAGCGCUGUGUGUGAGGCCACCAAGGCGUGGAGCGUUGACAACAUCAGAUGUGAUCUGGAAGAUUGCGGCCCGCCAUCUCAUUACCCGGACAGCAUAGUGGAAGUCGAGUCCACCACGUACGGAUCCAUCGCAACUUACCUGUGCGCGGACGGCUUUGAGCAUCCGAGCGGUGAGCCAACUCCAGUCAAGUCCACCUGCAUGGCGACUGGCAACUGGCAAGCUGUUGAAGUGAUGUGUCAAGCCAAGAACUGUCCCGAGCUGCAAGCACCCACCAACGGUUUCAUCGCCUUCACCAACGGAACUCUGUACCGCAGCGUGGCCAAGUUUGCCUGCAACCCUGGAUACAAGAUCACUGGGGAGGAUCUGCUGCAGUGCCAACUUGAGAAGACAUGGAACCACGCAGCACCCACGUGUGGAUCUGAAGUACACUGCCCUGUACUAGAACCGCCACAGAACGGCAAUGCCACAAUUCUCCUUGGUGACGAGAACCAGGUCAACACGGUGGUUGCAUUCACAUGUCACUAUGGUUACCAACUGAACGGCAGUAGUACUACGGUGUGCACGGCACUGGGUGAAUGGACAAAUGCAGUGCCCGUGUGUCAAGAGGUGUUCAUUCCGACAACACCGGCGGAAACGUCGACCCCGGAGAAGCAGUCGUCCCUGGAGCCUUCGGCAAUUUCCAGCAUCAUCCUUGGCCUCAUUGUUCUCCUGUUUAUAGUCGCGGCUGUGUUCAUCCUGUGGCGUCUAAAGAAGACUACUGGCCGCCGCUAUAACUUCUUCUCGGGCGAAUCAGCUGGAGAUAGCUCAACGGGAGACAGUCGGAAAUUCACGGACAGCACGCGGCACUCACCGGCCAGCAGCAGACGGAGUGAGAGAGACCCGCUGGUACCGUGAAUACAAACAUACGUACUCGCUGGUACCGUGAAUACAAACAUACGUACUCGCUGGUACCGUGAAUACUUGUAAUAUACAUGUACGUACUGAUCUGCGUGUAACGCCGCAGUCAUAGCAUGCUGCUGCUGCUGCUGUUGCCGAUACUCUUUCUAGUCCCGUGUCGGCGAGUGUCAAUAGAGAGACUUGUUGUUUGCCAGUAGCGUAGCCCGUGUGCGCUCCAAGGCGGUUGGCUGGCUGUCUCCACCGAAACAGUCAGGUCACCUACGCUGAUGACAAAUACCCACUCCACUGCCGAGCAUUUAACCCUUUAAAAUGGUUAGCUAGCCGAGACUGAUGUAUGUAGCCAUUACAAACAUGUUAACUGCUCAAUGCUAACAUGCCACUCAUGCUCGUGCGUUAUUAUGUAUAUUAGCACUGCAAUGCCCAUGAAAUUGUGCUCUGCCUAUGUCUAGAUAUUGUAUCGGGCAGUAGGUCGUUUGACACAGUUUUCGUGUAGACUCCUUUAAGCAUCACGUAUCUCAACCGAAUAAACUUCUCGCACUGGAAACAGAUUAGCACAAGAAUCUAGAGUGACUAUAAUUUUUCAUGCCGGAAAGAAUAGUAUGUUGAUGUACAGGUAGCAUGUAUCAUGACUAAAACAUGAACAUGACGCACUGUUUUCUAUUGCUAAGAAACCGUAAUAUAACUUUUACAUAAUUUUAAGCGGAUUACAGUACAGAACAGUACAUGUAUUCGUUUGAUCUGAUUACAAAAGAUUGUGUUCAGUACGAGCAAUGCAUUCUCCCACGGAUCCCAUUGCGGUUUCCAUGGUAACCGCUACGUGAUUUGAUAGCUUUCAACUUACUUUCAUCAAUAGCCGCUCGAGCUUUCCGAUUCACGUCUUCUUUCGAUGAACAAAGUUUAUUACAA